CUAGCUUUCACAAACUGAGACACAGAAAAUGGGUUCUUCUUUGUGGAUUGUGUGUCUGAUUUUGGCAUCACUGGCCUCUGCUGCAUUCUGCGCCAACCCAAGGAGGCCAGUGGAUGUACAAUUCGCCCGAAACUACGUUCCCACAUGGGCAUUUGAUCACAUCAAAUACUUCAAUGGUGGUUCUGAGAUUCAGCUUCAUCUUGACAAGUACACUGGUACUGGCUUCCAAUCCAAGGGGUCAUACUUGUUUGGUCACUUUAGCAUGUACAUAAAGAUGGUUCCUGGUGAUUCAGCUGGCACAGUCACUGCUUUCUAUCUAUCUUCCCAAAAUGCAGAGCACGACGAGAUAGACUUUGAGUUCUUGGGCAACAGAACCGGACAACCUUACAUUUUGCAAACAAAUGUUUUCACCGGAGGCAAAGGUGACAAAGAACAAAGAAUCUACCUUUGGUUCGACCCUACAUUGGCUUACCACAGAUAUUCUAUUCUCUGGAACUUGUACCAGAUCGUGUUCUUCGUGGACGAUGUCCCAAUCAGGGUGUUCAAGAACAGCAAGGACUUGGGAGUGAAAUUCCCAUUUGACCAACCCAUGAAGAUCUACAACAGUUUGUGGAACGCUGACGACUGGGCCACAAGGGGUGGUUUGGAGAAAACAGAUUGGUCCAAAGCCCCUUUCAUUGCAGCCUACAAGGGGUUCCACAUCGACGGGUGCGAGGCCUCGGUGAACGCCAAGUUCUGCGCCACUCAGGGCAAGCGAUGGUGGGACCAGCCAGAGUUUCGUGACCUUGACGCUGCCCAAUGGCGCAGACUUAGGUGGGUGCGCCAGAAAUACACCAUCUACAACUACUGCACUGAUAGAAAACGUUACCCUCAACUUCCCCCAGAGUGCAAAAGAGACCGUGACAUUUAAAUUCUCAUUUACUACUAUUGUUGCCGUUACACUAUUAUUUAUUUUCACCACCUAAUUUUAUCACAUUCUCACUGCUAUGUAUGUACAAUUUUAUAUGAAUGAGUUGAGCCCCGGCCCUAUUAUUGAUCAUAUUCGCACCAUAUACUAGGAUUUGGCUCUGUUGUUAAAACCUUAGUUCAAAUAAAUGCCGUAUAUUUUCACUGCUA